UGUUGUAUUAGGAAUUAAAUUAAUUUGCCUUCUUCCAUCGUCUUCGCCUUGCCGCUUGGACGCUCGUCGGCACUGUUCCCAUCCCACCGCCUCAUCAGACGAUACACUAGAGAACAAAAAGGAGUAAAAGAUUCUUCUUCUUCUUCACUUUACUCGCUCUCCGCAAACAGAGAUUUCUCUAUUGAACGACCAUGGCGGCCGCCGACGGCGACCCCAACAAACCCGUCUCCGUAUACGACUCGUCCUCUCCGACUCACCCUCUUCUCUCGAAACCCUCUUCGUCGGCUAUCGAUUCCCCAGGCCAACCUGAUCCGGAACCCGACCCGACCCAGUUCCUUCAGAUCUCCUACAAUUUCGGUCUCAGGCCUUUCAAGGACAUUCCCUUUCUAGUUCUCUUCGAUCUUCUCGUCGCUUCCACCUUUGGGUUUGGUAUCUUCUCGAUUUUCCACAGGAAUACCGAUUACGGUAACUUAUCUUCGUACACCUACGAUUUCAGCUCUACUUCCUGCGUGAAAAAUUCGACCUUGACGGGUUUCUUUGGCGGGUUCUGGAUUUCGAGUAUCGCGUCGGGUCGAAACUCUUCGUCGGGUGCGGUCUUCGAGAAGGAUUUAAUCUGGACCCUUGUGGUGACCCUUAUCCUGAGCGUGCCCUUUUGUUUUCUGGUGCUGCUUUUGCUUAAACACUACACUAAGCAGAUAGUGUAUGCUUGUUUACCUUUCUUUGUUGUAUUACCAACCUUCUUCAAUGUCUACUGGUUCGUCGCUUGUACUGUUAGCUCUUCUUGUAGCGAUGCCCUUCCUCUAGGCUACCGAGUUAUCGUUCUCGUGUUCAUUUUCUUAGUCAUCGGGAUCAUUGUCUGGAUUUUCGUAGCGAAUUGGCACAGAAUUGAGCUGACCAUCCAAGUAAUCGGGGUUGCUUCUGAUGCUUUGUCCAAGAACUUGGGUCUCUUUCUCGUGUUGCCAUUGUUGACCCUCGGGUUGGUUCUCUACUACGCGCCCAUCGUCGUGUUCUUGUUGUUUUCGAGGUUCAAUGGGAAAGUUGUGCCGAAGGAAUCCAACGGUGAAUAUCUUUGUGUCUGGAAGCAAGAUGGGUGGGUUCCCGCUUAUUUCGCACUGGCCAUUAUCACUAUGCUUUGGUCUCUGGCUGUAAUGGUGGAAAUGCAAGUCUAUGUGAUAAGUGGAACGAUUUCUCAGUGGUAUUUCUCCAUGGAGGACUCGACGCUUAGAAAGUCCAUCCGUAGCUCUUUGAGGAAUGCAUUUGGGCCAUCCUUUGGCACGGUGUGUCUAUCGGGUAUCCUCAUAUGUAUAGUUCGGGUGGUUAGAGCCAUUGCAGAAAAUGCAAGACAAGAGAAUCCACAAGGAAUGAUCAAUAUGCUUCUCCGAUGCUGCGCAAACACGUUGGUUUCAGCUGUCGAUUAUCUCAACAAGUUCACCAUCAACUUCGCCGCCAUUACGGGCGAAGCCUACUGCACAUCUGCGAAAUUGACUUACGAGCUUCUGAGAAGGAAUCUCCUUUCUGCUGUCUUUGUCGAGACCGUUUCUACCCGUUUGCUUGCUGGAAUCAUAUUCGUUCUUUCAGCCGUUUAUGCAGUCGCUGCAUGGGGCAUCCUGAAAGGGGUGAGCGAUCUGGACGAGGUCGAUUCAUACUUGGUAGCGGCUGUGGCUUGGUUCUUACUGAUUGUGGUUCUGGGCUUCUUCGUACACGUCAUGGAUAACGUGAUAGACACUAUAUACGUGUGUUAUGCCAUGGACCGAGACAGAGGUGAUGUGUGUAAGCAGGAAGUUCACGAGGUUUACGUUCAUUUGCCCAUCAGCCGAAGCGCAAGAUACGGUUUCAUUAUCCCUCAGACUCCGAAUGUGUAGCAUACACAGAGUCCAUAGUCUCCAUCUGUUGUAUCCAUUUUCCCCUGUUUUUUUUUCCUCUUUCAACCUCUUGACCUUCGUUGUUUACCAGUGUAGCAAAAUCUUUUUGUAGAGAGAGAGAGAGAGAGAGAGAGAGAGAGAGAAUCUUUGAAUAAAAGGCUUUCCAAUGGCCCAAAACAAUUGGGCUUAAAUUAGCCCAUCAUUUUGUCUA